UCGAAGAUUGUGGGUGCUCAAGUCUCAAUUGUCAUAAAUAUAAAAUAUUGUUACUAACCAGAGACAUUAAGAUAUCUAAAAUUUGGCCAACUAAGAAACAAUUUUACAAAGGAACUAUGCUAAUUGUUUAUUUGGCCAAAUUUAUUUUUUCAAAAAAUAGUUAUUUUUUCUAAAAAGUGUUUAUUAUUAUUUUUUUUGAAAAAAUGAUGGUUUUAUCAAGCUUUUCAGAGAUCCUAAAUUUCAAGAAAUUAGGAGAGUGAAAAUGAAAAAGAAAGCCAUCAGUGGAGGAAGAAAGGAAAAAGUAAGAACUGGAUGAAGGGCUGAUUGUUGACACAGAGAGUCGAACCCCAGACCACCCAAAAUUUCAUCAGCUCUUUGACCGGCCAAUCAGCCAGUUACUUAUGGUUGUGGCUGCUCAUUUAUUAUUUUAUACUAGUUUCCGAAAAUAUCAGUUCAAAACACAUGUUCUGUGUCGGCGUUGGUAGGUGCGCGAGCACCCAUCCCACACAAUGUGAGUCCGCCCCCCCUGCAUACGUUGCAACACAAAUUAAAGGACCACAUUUUAGGAAGAAGCCAAAUACACUUUGAAAGGCAUGUUAAUCCAAAUUGUGUACUUCAACUCUAUCAACAACUAUAAGAAACACAUUUUUCACCACAUAUCAUUUACCCAUUCAUUGAGAAAUUACAAAAGAUGACUACUCACAAAGCUCACUGCUUGAUCUUGCCAUAUCCAGGACAAGGUCAUGUCAACCCAAUGGUCCAAUUCUCCAAACGUUUGCAAUCCAAAGGUGUCAAAAUAACUAUAGUUCCAACAAAAUCCUUCUUGAAAAACAUGCAAGAAUUACCAACUUCCAUGUCAAUCGAAGCCAUCUCCGAUGGCUAUGACGAUUGUGGCCUCGAACAAGCAGGAUCUUAUGCAGCCUACUUAACACGAUUCGAAGAAGUUGGCUCGAUUACUCUGGCUCAGCUUAUUCAAAAAUUGACAAACUCUGAAUGCCCUGUGAAUUGCAUAGUAUAUGAUCCAUUCCUUCCUUGGGCUGUUGAAGUGGCAAAGAAUUUUAGAUUAGUUAUUGCUGCAUUUUUCACACAAAAUUGUGCAGUGGAUAACAUUUAUUACCAUGUACAUAAAGGGGUACUUAAACUUCCUCCUACUCAAGCUGAUCAAGAAAUCAUAAUUCCUGGAUUAUCAAGUACAAUGGAGGCAUCAGAUGUACCUAGUUUUGCUAUAAAUCCUGAAGCAGAAGUAAUACUUGAAUUGUUGAUGAAUCAAUUCUCAAAUCUUGACAAAGUGGAUUGUGUCCUAAUCAACAGCUUCUAUGAGUUGGAGAAAGAGGAAAUUGAUUGGAUGUCUAAGCUUUAUCCAAUCAAGACAAUUGGACCAGCAAUACCAUCCAUGUACCUAGACAAGAGGCUACAUGAUGACAAAGAGUAUGAACUUAAUAUGUUCAAGCCAAUGACAGAUGAAUGCCUAAAUUUGUUAAACCAUCAACCAAUUAGCUCAGUGUUGUAUGCAUCAUUUGGAAGUUUAGCCAAAGUAGAAGCUGAGCAAAUGGAAGAAUUAGCAUGGGGUUUGAAGAAUAGCAACAAGAAGUUCUUGUGGGUGGUUAGAUCCGCCGAAGCACCCAAACUUCCCAAGAACUUCUUAGACGAAUUAACAAGUGAAGAAGGCUUAGUGGUGUCAUGGUGUCCACAACUACAAGUGUUGGAGCAUAAAUCAAUAGGGUGUUUUUUGACGCAUUGUGGGUGGAAUUCGACUUUGGAAGCAAUUUGUUUAGGAGUGCCAAUGGUGACAAUGCCACAAUGGUCAGAUCAACCCACAAACACAAAGCUUGUGCAGGAUGUUUGGGAGAUGGGAGUUAGAGCCAAACAAGAUGACAAAGGGAUAGUUAGAAGAGAAGUUAUUGAAGAAUGUAUAAAGCUAGUGAUGGAAGAGAAAGGAAAGGUGAUUAGGGAAAAUGCAAAGAAAUGGAAGGAAUUGGCUAGAAAUGCUGUAGAUGAAGGUGGAAGUUCAGAUAAAAACAUUGAAGAAUUUGUUUCCAAGUUGGUGACUAUUUCUUAAGUAGGAAAUUGAAACGUAGAAAAAUAAACAAGAAGCUACUUUGCAUGUUGCAAGUUCUAUUUUUGAGGUUGAAAGUAGAAAGUUUUUGCAUGAAUCUUCCUUUGUUUUCUCCUAACUGAUAAUGUACUAUUAUAUGUUGAUAAUAUGGAUUAAUGAUAUGUGAUGAUUUUUGAA